AUGGCAAUAAAGGUAAGUUUUUUUUUUUUUCUAUACUAUAACUCAUAAUUUUUUUUAUUAAUAAAGUAAAAGCUUGACACUUAUGAAAAACAAAUUUAAAAUAAUUGUAUAGAAUAUUCAACAUAUUAUUUUUGUGGAUUUCAAUUUGUAAUUUUUUUUAACGGUUACCAAUAAUAUUACUAGCCAAAAAUAGCUAAUUUCCAAGCAAGAAUAAGUUGCUUUUUUUUAGUUCUAUUGAUAAUACAGUUGAACAGUACAUUUUAACUAAACAAAUUUAUACUCCAAAUGUAUAAAUAUGUAUUCAAAGUACUUUUGACCAGUCAAAAGACCGGGUACAUGACGUUCUUCUUUGCCAUCACCUUCUUCACCUAACCUAACCUACCGUCCCACUGGUGGGGUCACAGUUAUUCACUACUGAGGGCCUCCAUCCAUCAUCUUAGUCUUCGUCAACUCCACCCAUCUUCACGGCCCUAAUCUACUCAUAAAUAAUUUUCUUUUUAUGACCAUGUCUUACAUAACUCGGUUUUUAUUCAUACAAAAUAUUCAUGAAUCGUUUUUUUAUUUAAUAGAUGAUCGUGUUCGCCGCGCUGUGCUGUCAGUUGGUAUUCGCCUAUCCACCGCAGCACUACAGCAGUCACUAUGAUCACCAUGACGACGCCUACGAACACCACGCGCCAGCCCCUUACAACUUUGAGUACGGCGUACACGAUCCGCACACCCACGACAUCAAGAGCCAACACGAAGUAAGCGACGAACACGGAAACGUCAAAGGCUCGUACAGCCUGGUGGAACCCGACGGUUCUACCCGAGUAGUCGAGUACACGGCCGACCACGAACACGGAUUCGUAGCCAAAGUGAAGAAAAUCGAACCGGCCUACCAUCACCACGACGAACACGAGUACCAUCACGAACCUGUAGUCCAUUCGUCAUACACUCCGUACUCUCACCACAAACUAUACUGA